AUGGCCGAGUUGGAGGGUCCCGAAUUUGGCAAAGCCGAUUUUGUCCUCUUGGAUGAGGUGACCAUGGAGCAGUUCCUGGAGAACCUGCGCCUGCGCGCCUACCGCUACACCCAGGAGGGCACCCGGGGCAGCGCCUGUGGGGACGACGCUGGUGGCUACCGGGCGGUGGAGGAGGCCAUGGGGGUCAUCGGCUUCUCCCCGGAGGAGAUGGGCUCCGUGCGCCGCAUCCUGGCCACCAUCCUGCACCUGGGCAACAUCAAGUUCUCAGCGGAGGGCGAGGCGGCGGCGGCGGAGGACACGGCGGUGGUGGAGGACACGGCGCAGCUCUCGGCGCUGGCCGAGCUGACGGCCACGGCCCCGGACGACCUGCGGCGGGCCCUCCUGAGCCGCACCGUGGCGGCCGGCGGCGGCGAGCUCAUCGAGAAGGGCCACAGCCCCAAGGAGGCUGCCUACGCCCGGGACGCCUGCGCCAAGGCCAUCUACGAGCGGCUCUUCUGCUGGAUCGUGGGGCGCAUCAACGCCGGCAUCGCUGCCCGCGGCUACGACGCCCGCCUGCACGGCAAGAGCACCGUCAUCGGCGUCCUCGACAUCUACGGCUUCGAGAUCUUCGACACCAACAGCUUCGAGCAGUUCUGCAUCAACUACUGCAAUGAGAAGCUGCAGCAGCUCUUCAUCGAGCUCAUCCUGCGGCAAGAGCAGGCCGAGUACCAGCGGGAGGGCAUCGCCUGGCAGAACAUCGAGUACUUCAGCAACGAGCCCAUCGUGGAGCUGGUGGAGCAGCCGCACCGGGGCAUCCUGGCGCUGCUGGACGAGGCCUGCCUGGCCGUGGGGACCGUCACCGACUCCCUCUUCCUCGCCUCCAUGGACACCCGCCUGCGCCACCACCCCCACUACACCAGCCGCAAGCUCUGUCCCACAGACAAGACCAUGGAGUUUGACCGGGACUUCCGCAUCAAGCACUACGCUGGAGAUGUCACGUACUCGGUGGAGGGUUUCCUGGACAAGAACAAGGACACGCUCUUCCAGGACUUCAAACGGCUCUUCUACAACAGCGCGGACCCUGUGCUACGUGCCAUGUGGCCUGACGGCGAGCAGAGCAUCACCGAGGUCACCAAGCGCCCGCUGACCACCGGCACCCUCUUCAAGAACUCCAUCGUGGCCCUGGUGGAGAACCUCGCCUCCAAGGAGCCCUACUACGUGCGCUGCAUCAAACCCAACGACCAGAAGUCACCCACCCUCUUCGACGAGGAGCGUUGCCGUCACCAGGUCUCCUACCUGGGGCUGCUGGAGAACGUCCGCGUGCGUCGCGCCGGCUUCGCCUACCGCCAGCCCUACGACCGCUUCCUCCAGCGGUACAAGAUGACCUGCGAGUACACCUGGCCCAACCACCUGAUGGCCACCGACCGGGAGGCCACGCAAGCCCUCCUGGAACAGCACGGCUUCCAGGACGACGUGGCUUAUGGCCACACCAAGGUCUUCAUCCGCACGCCCCGUACCCUCUUCUCCCUCGAGCAGGAGCGGGCGCAGCUCAUCCCCAUCAUCGUCCUGCUGCUGCAGAAGGCUUGGCGCGGCGCCCUGGCCCGUCGGCGCUGCCGUUACCUGCGUGCUGCCUACACCAUCAUGGCGUACUACAAGCGGCACAAGGUGAAGGAGUACCUGCGGGACCUGCUGCGCCGCUUCCAGCACGUCCGAUCCCUCCCCGACUACGGCAAGAGCGUGGUCUGGCCCCAGCCCCCCGCCGUGCUCACCCGCUUCCAGGAGGGCAGCCAGCGCCUCUUCCGCAGGUGGCGAGCGCGGCAAAUCGUCAAGAACAUCCCCCCCUCGGAGAUGGGGCAGAUCCGGGCCAAGGUGGCUGCCAUGGAGGCGCUGGGGGGGCUGCGGAAGGACUGGGGCUGCCAGCGCAGCUGGACACGGGAUUAUCUCUCCUCGCCCAGCGAGAACCCGGGGCUGGCCCUGCCCUUCGCCCGCCGCCUCCAGACCCUCAAGGACAAGGUGCAUUUCAGCUCCGUCCUCUUCUCCUGCCACGUCCGCAAGAUCAACCGCUUCGGUAAGAGUCGGGACCGGGCCAUCCUGGUGACGGACCACCACGUCUACAAGCUGGACCCCCAGAAGCAGUACCGGGUGAUGCGGGCGCUGCCCCUCAGCACCGUGACAGGGCUGAGCGUGACGAGCUGCCAGGCGCAGCUGGUGGUCUUCCACACCCAGAACCAGGAGGACCUGGCCGUGUGCCUGCACAAGACGCAGCCAGCGGGGGACAACCGGGUGGGCGAGCUGGUGGGCGUCCUCCUGGACCACUGCCGAGCGACCAAGCGGGAGCUGCAGAUCCGUGUCUCCGACUGUAUCCAGCUGAGCCUCCGCGGGCGCCGGCGACUGCUGACGGUGGAGACGCGACCGGAUGCGACCACCCCCGAUUUCGGCAAGAGCCGCGAUGGCUUCGUGCUUUACUGGCCCGGGAGAUGAGGAGUUGGGGGGCCACCACCCCUCACCCCCCUUGGCUGCAUUCUGCCCACCCCACUGACCUCUGCUCAGGACCCCCCACCCCUGUGACCCCCAACCCAGUGUCCCCCCUCAGGGAUGAUGCUGAAAACUCUGUGAGCACUGGGAAUAAAGAGCUGGAUGG